UUUGACCUUAUUUGAAUGAAGAAUUCUGGACAUGAUAUCUGAGAUCCGACAGGUGUGACAGAAGUUCAGAGGACAUUAUACGAUGGAUGUUGCUAAGUUUUGUGUUUUGAUGGUUUUGCUUCUCAGUUCCUCUACGGCUUAUUCAAGAAGUUUCUCCAAGAGCUCGAAGAAGCACUACAACGUGGUGUGCUAUCUCGGAAGCUGGGCCAAUUACCGUCAAGGGGACGGAAAAUUCGUCAUCGAAGAUAUCGACCCAAACCUCUGCACGCACCUGAUCUAUGGAUUCGCCAAAUUAGGUUACGACAAUAAAAUAGCAGCCUACGACCCAUAUCUGGAUCUGAAAGAAAACUGGGGACUUGGUGCUUAUGAGAGAUUCAACAACCUGAAGAAAAAGAAUUCUCACCUGAAGACAUUGCUGGCCAUCGGCGGAUGGAAUGAAGGUUCGACGAAGUAUUCGAACAUGGCGAGGACGGCCAGCAGCAGGAAAGUCUUUGUCGACAGCUGCGUCGAGUUUCUUACGAAGUACGGAUUUGACGGCCUGGAUAUGGACUGGGAAUAUCCGGCAAAUAGGGGCGGUAGCCAGGAAGAUAAAAAGAACUUCGUGCUAUUGUUAAGGGAUUUGAAAGAAGCAUUUGAUCCUCGUGGCUUAUUGCUGACAGCAGCAGUAUCUGCUGGAGAAAGCACUAUUGAUUCUGCUUACGAUAUUCCUGCUUUAGCAAAGUAUCUUGAUUUGAUUAAUCUAAUGGCGUACGACUUUCACGGAGGCUGGGAUACUGUCACGGGUCACAAUGCUCCUCUAUAUCCCAGAUCGUCUGAAUCUGCUGCAAACAAAAAACUGAAUGUGGAUUACGCAGUCAAGUAUUGGAUGAAAAAUGGUGCUCCGGCUCAUAAAUUAAUAUUAGGAAUUCCUUUAUACGGUCGCAGUUUCACUCUCCAGAGCUCAACAGUAACUGGAUUCGAAGCUCCCGUAACUGGGAAAGGAAUGGCGGGAGAAUUCACCCGGGAACCUGGAAUGCUGGGUUACAAUGAAAUAUGUUCCCUGCUUAAAAAGGAAAAAGGUUGGAAAAUUGUCGUCGACAACGACGUGCAAGCUCCUUAUUGUUUCAAAGACAGACAAUGGAUCGGCUAUGACGACAUCAGGAGUGUCCCUAAAAAAGUCGAUUACUUACGUAAAAUGAAAUUGGGUGGAGCAAUGGUAUGGUCAAUCGAAACAGAUGACUUCAGAGGCAAGUGUCAUAGCUUCCGUUACCCUUUGCUGACAACCAUAAAUUCAGUUCUUAACGGAACAUCUGUACCUCUUCCCGAUGAAACUGGUCUUGAAGAAGAUAAUGAUAUAUCUCCAACAAGACACUCCUCAAGUUCCUCUCCCAGGCCCAGCUAUCCUCCAGUCAAAUCCUCCACCAAAUCUAGUUUUAGCACAACUAAAUCAACUGAUGGUACGUCUGAAGACUUCUUACCAUGUCCAAGUAGCGGAUAUUUCCGACACCCCACGAACUGCAAACUCUUUUACAUCUGUCAGCCAAAAAGCCCAACUAAAGAUAUGGGCUAUCGAGUCUACCUUUUCCAUUGCGGCGCUGGGACGGUUUUCAAUGAAGAAUUCAGAACGUGUGCCUUCCCAGACUCAGUCCCCAAAUGUUCCUAAAAAUGUCGUUUUUACCAGCCAUCUUUGGACAUAAAUAAAAAGUUUAGGGCGAAUGCAGAUGAAGCAUUGUACUGCAGAAUUUCUUUGAAUUGACCGGAAAGGAAAUCGUUUGUCGGAAAUGAAAAUUUAGGGUAAAAUGCUGAUUGAACACUGUACCACGGAGCCAAAUAUGCAGACUCAUUGACUGUAAUUAUAAUCAGCGCUGCUUUACCGGAAAUCGGAUGUUUUUGAUUAUCAUGGUAUCAUUUCAAUAAAGUACACAUUUGUGA